GUGUCCAUGCAGGAAGAUUUUGCUUCAAGUCAAAAACACUCAAACCCACAACACCCAAACCAGUCUUCAAUUAACCAUUCUUGCACUCAGCAAAUUCGAUUUACUCCUUCCUCACAGAUUUUUUUUCUCCCCAUUACUUUGCUCUUCCCUCACAUUUUUACACAGAUUUACACCUUUUUGCUUCAGCUACAGUCUGGUGGUAAUAUUACCCCUGUAAAUCUCUACACAGGCACGCAGAAGACACUGUCUAAUGCGUCAACUUGAGAGCAACUCUUCUGUCUUUCCCAGCAGCCAACACCAAACGGGAUUUAAGAAUCCCAAAAUAGGCCUGGUUGGAAGGGACCACCGUGGGUAGCCUGGUCCAGCCUCCCUGCAGGGUCAUCCCAGAGCACACUGCACAGAAUUGCAUCCAGAUGGCUCUUCAGUAUGUCCAGAGAGGGAGACUCCACAACCUCUCUGGGCAAGAAUCGCUGUUCUGCAAGAGAGGAGGCCCCAAGAAGAGAAGUGGACUUUGCUUAAAAAGUAGAACAAGCCAGACCAAAGGUGCCGCUGGCCCGCCCCGCCCCGGGGUGCUGUCAAAACCGCCGCCCGUUCCUGCGCGGGCUGCAUCUGCCUCGGCUCCUGCUGCUCUGCCUCGCCAUGGCCGCUUCCUCCUCCUCCUCCUCGGCGGCCGCGCUGCGCCCGGUCACUCACCUGAUCUUUGACAUGGACGGGCUGCUGCUGGAUACUGAACGUCUCUAUUCAAUGGUGUAUGAAGAGAUCUGUGAGCCUUUUGGGAAGACCUAUGACUGGGAUCUGAAAUCCAUGGUUCUAGGCAGACAAGCUCCAGAAGCCACAAAGAUUAUUCGAGAUGCUCUAGAUCUUCCAAUGACUGAAGAAGAGUUACUAAAUGAAAGUAAAAGGAGGCAGGAGAAGGUAUUUCAUACUGCUGAGUUGAUGCCAGGGGUUAGUAAGCUGAUCCAUCAUUUACACAAACACAAGAUACCCAUAGCUGUUGCCACCAGCUCGAGUGAAGAGUCAUUUCAGAGAAAAACAACCAGACACAAAGACCUAUUUCGUCUUUUUCAUCAUAUUGUGCUGGGAGAUGAUCCUGAGUUGAAGCGUGGCAAGCCACAUCCUGAUCCAUUUUUACUUUGUGCAAAGAGAUUUCACCCUCCUGCAUCACCAGAGAAGUGUCUUGUGUUUGAAGAUUCACCACAAGGAGUCAAAGGAGCCCUGGCAGCAGGAAUGCAAGCGGUUAUGAUUCCAGAUGAAAAAUUAAAUCCAGAUCUUAGAAAGGAGGCAACACUGGUGCUGAAGUCCAUGGAAGAUUUCCGACCAGAACUGUUUGGUUUACCAGCAUAUGAUUGAUGCCUAAUGCCUAUGAACAUGUUCUUGACUGGAGAUAAAUUAAAAGUGAAAUGAAAUUUUAUUUUGAUUUUAUGAUUACUUUUCAUCUUUAACUAUCUUCCUCAAAACUAGAGCAAAACAAAAAUCCUGUUAAACACACUCAGUCUUUUACACAUUACCUUUGAUAAAUUGUUUGGAAUGUCUAGUUUGUCCAUUCGAUAAAUGCUAAUUAAAGUAACAUCUUUCUGUUAAGUGAAUCCAGCCUUGUUCUAUUCAUAUCAUAAUGUUUUCUGGGAAUAUUAUGGAACUAUUUAGACGAUUUAUUGUAACUGCAUUGGAAGCUUCUUUUUCUGUUUCCACUUGAAUUACUUACUGUGUACAUCUUAAUCAGAAAUCUGUUCUGGAUUACCUUUUAUCCCAAUAAAAUGUUUUUGACAACA